GAAUUAGUACAAAAAUAGGAAAAUUUAUAAUUUGAUCUAAAAAUAUCAAUAAAGGUUAUACAUCAUCAUUUUAUAACAUCUGUUUAAACAAAUUCACAUAUGGAAAAUAAGUCACAUGCUGACCAUAGCAAUGUCUCCAACUUGUCAGAAAGUAAUUGUCAGAACGUACGAAAGUUGAUACCUGUGGAUUUCGAAUUUAAGUUAGAUGAUGACGAAGAGAGUAAUGAAUAUGAUGAUGUAAAUACUAUGUUGGAACAUAGUAAUUUAGAUGAAGAGAUAAAAAGAAAAAAAUAUUAUACUUCUACUAGACAAACAACGUACGAUGUAGCAACGCAAUGUUCUAGUAAAGAAGUAUCUGCUAAUAAAUAUAAAAUAAAUAAAAGUGUGUUACCAUCUGUAUUACCCACCAAUAUUUACACGACAUAUUCAAAACUUGAAAAACAUAGUAAACUCGAAAGUACAUCUCAAAAAACAGACUAUGACUUCAAACAAUCACAUGAAUUUGAUUCAAAAAUUUCCCCAUCUAAUAUAUUUGUAUCAACAGCAAUUAACAAUCUGACGUUAAAAGAUUCGAAUUCUAUAAAUAUUGGGUUAAAUGAUAAGAAUAGGUAUUCAAGUAUAGGAGAAAUGUUUCUUGAAAAUAAACUUUCAUUGACAUUAGAAGAAAUAGUUCAUAUUCGUUGUGUCCUUACCAAAGCUGAGUUGGAAUCACUGCCUGCUGAAGCUAGUGUAAAAGAAGACGUUGAAAAACGAAGAGUAUGUUUUUUAUGUUUAAAAACUCGAUUUGGUUUACUAGGACCAUGGGGUCAACGAUGUAGACUUUGUCAAAAAACAGUUUGUGUAAAGUGUUAUUCGAAAAUGAAAAUUCCCACCGAACACUUUGCAAAUGUUCCAGUUAUAUUAUUAUCUCCAGGAUUAUCCGUUUCUCCAUCUUCCACUGAUUCUAAUACUGAAAUUUCCAAAAAUUGGUCUAAAAGUACUAUUAUUGGUUCAGCUCCAACUUCACCAGCAACAAAACGAAUUCCCCGGAAAUUUUUUGGAACCUCCUCUAAAUUAUCUAAUAUUGCAACAUUUGGAAAUAUAGGCAGACUAAAUAGAAAUGACGAGCUAGAUGCAGAACUUAUCCAUGGAACAUUGAUGGUUGUAUGUCAUGAUUGCCGUAUAAUGCUUAUUCAAAUAAUCAAGAAUUCUCGUUUAACACGAUCUAGUAUCCGAAAUAAUGUCAUAUCUCGUUUAACUCUUGACGUCUUACCUGUAUAUGUUUAAAUAAAGUAAUUAAGCAAUUAAA